GGACAUGCUAGCUCCAACCUUGCACACUCAGGGCAUAGUCUUUGCUUCAGAGGGCAUGUCAUCGCAAUAGCUCCUAGCGGCAAGACUUUGGCCUACCUCCUCCCUAUGGUCCAUCAAUGCUCGACCGUCAUGUCAAGGUGGUGGUGCUACACUCACAACAUUCCCACCGCACGUGGAAGUUUUGGCCGGCAGAGUCUGUACAAGCACGUAGAGGUACUCAGCGGUGACUCUGGGUCGGUUUUCACGAACCUAGGGAGCCAAGGGUGGCUCAAUGCUUUGGGAGAUACUAUCCGCAACAACAGCAGUCUCCUACAUAGUCCUUCGGACAGUGUCAAGGAUGAUACCUUGUGGGAUCUAGAUAAGACGUUGGAUGUGGCCGAGAGGAAAUGGCAGUCUUUGAUGCGUCGAUGGGGUUUGGAUGAUAUUGCGGAUUCUUAUAAUAACUAUCAU